AUGAGGGACUUGCACCGCUCAGCCUCAUCCGGUUCCUGGAACGCUACGAAGCUGCUGAGCACGUGCAGUAGCUGUGCACGCUUUAGAGCCUGCAAGGCUGACUUCAUACCCUCAUCUGUGGCUUCGCUGAAGAUGCUGAAGUGCAGCAGCUGCGCCGCCGUUGGCCGUUUUGAUGGGUCUGGGUUAAGACAGGCGGAGACAAACUCCACGAUGCUUGGCGGCCCAUCAAACAGCGGAGACAGGUCUGGAGUGUCGUGCAGGCCCAUAAUGUAUUGCGUCAGUCCUAUUGGCCCCUUGACACCCUUCAUGUAUGAGAAGGGUGGCUUGUUAGUCGCCAUCUCCAGCGCGAUGCAGCCGAGUGACCAAAUGUCACUGGGAAAGCUGUAG